AUGCGCGCGGGCCAGAGGUGGGUGCGGGGGAAGGGAGGAGCAAGGUGCUCACCUCAGGUGGCAGCGAGGAGCGGCGGUGGUGACGGCGGAACCAACCAAGCUCACACAAGAUCCGGCUCGGGUUCCAAGGGCAGCUGCGGCCACGGCGGCGGUCGGGGCGCUCAGGGACGACGGCAGAGGGUUUCUAGAGGCCGGAGGGCUGCCUCGGGAGCGGCCCCGAGCGGCGGCGGGGCGGCGGUCGGAGACGCGGCUUGCUUCGGCCUGCACAGGUCUGGGUCGGCUGCAGCCGGCCGAGGCGGCGGCGGCGACGGUGCGCGGGGGUCACUGGGGCUCCAGGGAAAGUGGCUCGGCCGUCCUACGGCGGUGGAGAACUCAGCUCGGCCCGAGCUUGCCCUAGGUGGCAGCAACCCUCGAGGGCAGUAG